CCUGACUCACUUUAUGCUCCUGAAACAGUCGGGGACAUACAGACGAGAUGAGAGGCUUCUGGCUGCUGUUGGUGCUUGUGGCUGCGGCCUAUGCUGAUGAGAGGCUCUUCAUCGGGGAUCAGGUCAUCAGGGUCAAUGCUGAGACCGAGGAGCAGAUCCAGCUCCUGCAGGCUCUGGAGACUCAGGAGGAGUGGGAGAUGGACUUCUGGCUCCACCCGGUCUCCACUGAUCUCCCCGUCGACAUCCGCGUGCCCCUCUCCAGUCUUGGCGCUGUGACACAGUUCCUCGAUUCCCACGACAUCCACUACUCUGUCCUUAUCAACAACCUGCAGGAUCUUCUGGAUGAGGAGAGAGCUGAGAUGCAGGAGAACCAGAUGAACGAGCGCAGCACCAAGAGCUUCAACUUUGGAGCUUAUCAUCGCCUGGAGACUAUCUACAGCUGGAUGGAUACUCUGGUGGCUCAGUACCCUAAUCUGGUCUCCAAGCAGCAAAUUGGUAAAUCUUAUGAGAACAGGCCCAUGUAUGUGCUCAAGUUCAGCACUGGUGGAAACAACCGUCCCGCCAUCUGGAUCGACACAGGGAUCCACUCCAGAGAAUGGGUGUCUCAGGCUACCGGAGUGUGGACUGCUAACAAGAUUGCCACUGACUAUGGCACUGAUGCCUCCCUGACCUCCCUCCUGAACACCAUGGACAUCUACAUGCUGCUGCUGGCCAACCCGGACGGCUACGCCUACACCCACUCCAACGACCGUAUGUGGCGUAAGACCCGCGCCGUGAACCCUGGCUCCUCGUGCCGUGGAGUCGAUCCCAACAGGAACUGGGACGCAGGCUUUGGUGGCCCUGGAGCCAGCAGGAACCCCUGCUCUGACUCUUACCACGGCCCCUCGGCUCACUCUGCGAUCGAGGUGAAGAACGUGGUGAAUCUGAUCAAGAGCCACGGAAACUUCAAGUCCUUCAUCUCCGUCCACGCCUACUCCCAGCUGCUCAUGUACCCCUACGGAUACACCUGCGGGAGUGUGCCUCAUAAGUCUGAGUUGGACGCUGUCGGCAGAGCAGCAGUGCAGAAGCUCACCUCCCUCUAUGGCACCAGAUACAAGGUUGGAAGCAUCUGCAACAUCAUCUAUCAAGCCAGCGGCGGCAGCAUCGACUGGUCUUACAACAUGGGCAUCAAGUACUCUUAUGCCUUUGAGCUGAGAGACACUGGUCGCUAUGGUUUCAUCCUGCCAGCCAAUCAGAUCAUCCCUACGGCCACCGAGACCUGGCUGGCCCUCAAACACCUCAUGGAGUACGUCCGUGAUCAUCCUUAUUAGGAGCUACAACCAUGGAGAAGAAAUUCACAAUAAAAUCCAUUGAGUCUGCCUUUAAUUAGCAGAGAGACUUCAUUAUUCCAUGCUGAUGUGUGACAUCUUACUUAUAUAUAUUGAACAAUAAAGUCAUGUUUGUCACUCA